AUGGAUGCCUCAACACCAGAUAAUAGUCGCGACCGCAUUCUCCACCAAAUCCACGGAGUUCUCUUCGAGUUCCUCCGAGAGUCUAAAGACACAGGCGGCCCGAUGCGAAUACUCGGUGAUACUCCAAAUAGCAUACUCGAUCCUAAAGAUUAUCUAGGAUCUAUACGCCCCUUUGUUACAGAAAUCCAGAAUUGCGUCCAUGAAUUCAAUGCAAAUAUCAAGACUUGUUUCCUUGCAGUCAACAUCUACCCUGGAAAGCACACCUACUUUGUGGUGGGCCUUAAUCAUACCGAUUAUGACUAUCAGACUGCUCAUGAAUCCAAGACAUUGGUACCCGUUUAUAUCCUACGCCUAUCAAAAAGAAAUCCCAGGAUUUUCAGAAAACGGGAGCUGGAUGGGCAAAUUGCUGAGACUCUUCGGAUCAUGCAUAAUGGCCACGGUCAUGAUUCUCUCCCUUUGGUUGAUGAUUAUUGUGAUCCGGAUAGACAGUAUAGUAAUCCGAGAUGUCUUAGUAGUGACUUUGCUGUUGAGCAGUGGCACAUCUAUGUGCUAAGCAAAAACAUGAUAACCGGGUGGGUGGGUAGGUAG